UUUUGAUUUAACGCUGGUAAGAAAUAAGUAAAAAUAUUCCACCUUACUUUCCUUAUCAAUAUUCGCAACGCUGCGCUAGUCGUCGGAUUGAAAUACCCCAAACACCCUUAACUAACCCGCGCACAAGUCGACGACGCAUUUUAUCAGAAAGUCGUUGGAGGCAAGCCACCCUCUGGUGGAGUCAGAACCCGGGGAAGUCCCUUUGCCAUUGCGGCAUCGCCAUGGCAAGCUGGGAUGGGUCUUAUUAUGGGCCUGAGGACCCAAAUUUUCAUCGGUAUUCGGACCAGGGGAACGUGGCGCGCAACUGGAGCUAUUAUCCUGAGAAUGGCUCCAACGUGCAGCCGAGUAUCUCGAACCUGGGUCAACAGCACUUAGCCAAUGCCUAUCAGGAUCCGCAAAUGGCUGGUGGUACUCAGUAUGCAAGGCCACAGCCUUUCUUUGAGAACAAUAGAUCGCAGCUUAAUCUUCCGCCAUUCAAAUGCAAAAGUGGGAACCCGAAUGACAAACUUAAGAAAAAGAAUUACCACGGUAAAUUACCGCUUGUCCCUCAGCAAACGAUUGAUCCCAGUGUCGUUGAGAAUUCAAACCUGCAUGCAACGGCUGGUGAGUUUAUACCUAGCUCGUUGAAGGCGCUGCAAACAGGUGGGACAAACUCGUCUGCCAGUAGUAGUGAAAAUAAUGGCAGAAUUAUGCUGGAAAAUUAUGAUUCCUCAACUCAGCAUUCGGGAAAUUUGACCUUCCACGAUUCGAACAUGCCGAAAGUUGACCAUGUGGAUACUAGAAAUAAGCGAGAUAAGAAGGAUAAGAAAUAUGAUGCAAAUAAAAAAGGCGAUAGUUAUAAGCAGAGGGAUACUCAAGAUGCUCAAUAUCAAAAUACCAAUUUGUUUAAGAAUUCUGUCAGGAAUCAGAAUCCGAAGAAUCGCAGAUUCCAAAAUGAUAGGUAUUCUAACACCAGACAUUAUUCGGAUAAUAGUUCUAAUUAUACGAGCGAUAAGGAUAGCGAUAGAAGAAAAUGGACAGGUAAUUCCAGUGUUCGAGAAAAUUUUGAAAACGGUUCAUAUCACGGUGAAGAAGACGGAACUCAAUCUGUGGAGGGGACUGUUAAUAAGCACUAUAAAACCUCUAGACAUGAUAAUACCCGACAAUCUGGUGGUGCAGCCAAGUAUUACGGCGAUCAAAAUUAUUCUAGUCACAAUUCUGAGAUGAAGUACAGUCAAACGGGUGGUAAGAGUGUUAGAAGAUAUUUUAAUGAAGAUCGUGGAGAACGGUAUCGUGAUAAAAGAGAUAGAUACAGUGAUAAGUAUGAAUCUGGGAUCAGGGAGAAGAAAACUAGCUAUGCAGAUUACAAUGGAUACAAAAAUAAUUAUGAAAGAGAGGAAAGAGGGGAACGGAGCAGAGACAAGGAUAAACCUAAGGAUAAGGAUAAUUCAAAAGGUAUCAGGGAUAAAGAGAUUGAAAAUUGGCGAUACAAGAAUGACGAAGAUGUCAAAGGAGGAAGUAACAUGAAGCGAUUGAGUAACAAAAGAUCGGAGAAAGAUGAUGACGCCAGUCAAAGAGAACGUCUCACUGAACAGUUAAACCGAGGACAAUUGGAAUGUUUAGUUUGCUGUGAUCGUGUCAGGCAGCAAGAUGCUGUGUGGUCAUGUUCAAAUUGCUAUCAUGUGCUUCACCUUAAGUGCACCAAAAAAUGGGCAAAAUCUUCACAAGCUGAAAAUGGAUGGCGUUGUCCCGCUUGUCAAAAUGUGACAGCAGCUAUCCCAGAGGAUUACUUUUGCUUCUGUGGUAAUACUAACAAUCCAGAAUGGAAUCGACGAGAUGUUGCUCACUCGUGUGGCGAUGUUUGUGGCCGUCUCAGAUCAAAAUCAAACUGUGUACACAAAUGUAAUUUAUUGUGCCAUCCUGGACCUUGUCCACCUUGUGUUGCAAUGGUUACAAAACAUUGCGGCUGUGGCAGAACUUCGCAAACUUUAAAAUGUAGUACUGGUACACCAUUAGUCUGCUCUGCAACUUGUGAGAAACUUUUGAACUGCAUAACACAUACCUGUGAGCGAAAAUGUCAUCAUGGAGAUUGCGGAGACUGUGAAAAACUCAUCCAUCAGGAAUGUUACUGCGGGAAAAAUUGUCGUGAUGUUGCUUGUGUUGCUGAUGUUGCAGCAAGUUACAGCUGCGAAUCUAUUUGUAACAAAUUAUUAGAGUGUGGUAAUCAUAACUGCAAAGCUUUAUGUCACCCAGGGCUUUGCGAGCCAUGUGUACUCAGACCAGAAGCUGUAUCUCAUUGUUGCUGCGGACAAACACUUUUAACUGAGCCACGAAAUAGCUGUUUGGACGAGAUUCCAGUUUGCGAAAAAAAGUGCUGCAAGCGUCUCAAGUGUGGGCAACCUAGUAAUCCUCACAUGUGCAAAUCCAACUGUCAUCAGGGAGAAUGCCCUGAGUGCGAAUUGACAACAAAAGUGAAAUGUCGUUGCGGCAACAUGGACAAAGAGAUCCCGUGUAAAGAAUUGACGACCAAGGCAGAUGAUGCACGAUGCCAGAAGCGAUGCAUAAAGAAACGUUCUUGCGGAAGGCAUAAAUGUAACCAGACGUGUUGCAUCGACAUUGAACACAUUUGCCCGUUGCCUUGUACGCAUUCUCUGAGUUGCGGAAGACACAAAUGCGAACAGACUUGUCACAAGGGUAGAUGUCAGCCUUGCUGGCGAAGCAGUUUUGAGGAACUUUAUUGUGAGUGUGGAGCCGCUGUAAUCUACCCUCCUGUACCAUGUGGGACGAGACGCCCAACGUGCGACAGGCCUUGCUCACGACAGCAUGUCUGCGAUCACCCUGUGCUGCAUAAUUGUCAUAGUGAGCCAACGUGUCCGCCUUGCACAGUACUCACGCAAAAAUGGUGUUAUGGUAAACACGAACUGCGAAAAGCAGUUCCCUGUCAUGUUAACGAAGUUUCAUGUGGGUUAGCAUGUAAUAAGCCUCUUUCAUGUAAGAGGCACAAAUGUAUAACCAUUUGUCAUCCUGGGCCGUGUGAAAAACCGGGGCAAGUAUGUGCUCAGCCAUGUACAACUGCAAGAGAAUUGUGCGGACAUAGUUGUUCAGCACCAUGUCAUGAAGGAAAAUGUCCUGAAAUUCCAUGUAAAGAGAUGGUCAAGGUGACGUGUCAGUGUGGACACAGAACUAUGAGCCGAGCCUGCGCAGAGAAUUCUCGUGAGUUUCAAAGAAUAGCUAGUGGAAUUCUGGCUAGUAAAAUGGCCGAGAUGCAGCUGGGACAUUCCGUAGAUUUGGAAGACGUUCUAGGACAAGGUGCAAGAAAGCAAAAUCAGUUAAAAACUUUGGAGUGUAACGAGGAGUGUAAGAUGAUUGAAAGAAAUCGAAGAUUGGCGUUAGGACUGCAAAUAGUCAAUCCGGAUCUAAGUGGGAAAUUAAUGCCGAGAUACACUGAGUUUAUGAAGCAGUGGGGUAAAAAAGAUCCAGUCUUUUGCCAGAUGGUACAUGACAAACUAACUGAACUGGUUCAACUGGCAAAGAUUUCUAAACAAAAAUCUAGAAGCUACUCGUUCGAAAGUAUGAACCGUGACAAACGUCAUUUUGUUCACGAAUAUUGCGAACACUUUGGAUGCGAAAGUCAAGCGUAUGAUCGAGAACCCAAACGUAAUAUUGUUGCUACUGCUGUGAAAGAUAAGUGCUGGUUACCAAGUUUAAGUUUACUUGAAAUGCUACAACGAGAAAGUGGUCAGAGGAAAGUACCAGGACCAAUGUUGAAUUCUGCAACAGCUUCAAGCUCUCUCAGGAACGUAGAAGUAUUACCACUGCCUACUAAAAAAAGUCCCAAGGUCCAGUCUGCACCAGCGACUUCAAAAUCACCUGAGCCUGAAAUUGAUUAUUUUGACUAUCAGGGUUGAUCGGUUGGGUUCUGUAACUUAGUUUAUAGUAGUAUUGGAUAACGAAAUUAGAAACUCUCACUCAAAAUUAGAAUGGCUAUUGCUGGGGCUGCUGGAAUAAAUUAUACAACGGUAUUAUUUUGUAAAAUUUUAUUUCGUUUAUAUCAACUAUAUUGUACUUAUCUGACUGAUUCUCAGAGAUAAAUUUGGCAAGAAAAUAGUAAGCCAACUAGCUUCUACCAUUUCUAAGUUGUGCUACCAUUAUGUUUCGUUACAUCUUGACUUUACAAUUCACACUUUGUAACCACAGUAUUGAAAACAAAUUGGCCGAAUGACAGCAAUAGAAGGAGUUCAACGUUUGGAGCAGUGACGUCAAAUACAUGUGUGCUUCCUAUUUUGAAGCAAUUAAGUUUAAUGUCAAUAUUUAUGAUAUUAGUAUCACGAACAAUCAAUAAAACUUUGCUGUAACUUGGAA